UUAGCUGAAGUGUAGACUUUGGUGGUGAAGUGUAUAAGGAGAGAUUUUUCUUUUAAUUUGUGUGAAAGAAAUACUUGCUCAAAAGUAAUUAGGAAUCAUUGAAAUGGAGAAGUGAAGGUCAGCAAACUGCCAUUCCACUAGAAUAAAAGCUAACCAUUAUUUCAUAACCAUAUAAGCAUCAUGAGAGCAGGAAUUUUCUGAGUUUUUGUUUUGGCUGAAAUCUCCCACGCUCUUAGUGUCUGGCAUGUAGUAGAAAUCCAGUAAAUAUUUGUGGGAUGGAUGGGAAGCGGAUAUUUUCCACCCAGUAUCUUAGUACAUAACCUUAGCAGCUUUGAGAAGAUAGGUGCUAUUAUUAUCCUCAUUAAUCGUUAGGCUUAGGGAUAAGUAAUUGGCCCAGGGUCACUCAGUUAGUAAUCACAGCUGGAGCUCAAGCCCUGUGCUCUUAACCACUGCACAGGAUACAGUGUACCGUAGGGAGCCAUGAGAGAAAUAUACAGUAAAGCCCCACUUGACUGUCUUCAUCUUUCCUUUCUCCCCCAAACCUGUGUUUCCCAGGUUCAUUGUCUGAGAUCAGUUGAUAACUUAUUUGUGGUUGUUAAGGAGUUUAAAGAUUACCAGUUCAAAGAAACGAAGGAAGAAGUUUUAAAGGAUUUUGAAGAGUUGGCUGGGAAGCUUCCAUGGUCAGAACCUUUAAAAGUAUGGAAUGUUAACACCAGUUUCAAGAAAAAAAAAACAAAGCGCAAAAAGAUAAAUCAGAAUUCAAGUAAAGAGAAGAUUGAUAAUGGACAAGGAGAUAAAGCAGAUGAGAGGGAUGAUAAAAAAGGAUUCACCAACAAAACCUUAGAUUCCCGUAUCUUAGACUAUUACGAAAAUCCAGCCAUUAAAGAAGAGAUAUCAACAUUAGUAGGGGAUGAUUUGGCAUCUUGCAAAGAUGAGACUGAUGAAGGCUCAAAAGAAGAAACUCCUGAGGUGCUGAAGUUUAGAGUCACAUGCAACAGGGCAGGAGAAAAACACUGCUUUUCCUCAAAUGAGGCUGCAAGAGAUUUUGGGGGUGGUGUUCAAGAUUAUUUUAAGUGGAAGGCUGACAUGACCAACUUUGAUGUGGAGGUUCUUUUGAACAUCCAUGAUAAUGAAAUUGUUGUGGGCAUUGCAUUGACAGAAGAGAGUCUCCAUCGAAGAAAUAUCACACAUUUUGGACCUACAACUCUGAGAUCUACUCUUGCCUACGGGAUGCUCAGGCUCUGUGCUCCUCAACCUACUGAUAUAAUAGUUGAUCCGAUGUGUGGAACAGGGGCAAUACCAAUAGAGGGAGCUACUGAAUGGUCUAACUGUUACCAUAUUGCUGGUGAUAAUAAUCCGUUGGCUGUGAAUAGAGCGGCAAAUAACAUCUCAUCUUUAUUGACCAAGAGCCAAAUUAAAGAAGGCAAAGUGUCCUGGGGCUUGCCCAUAGAUGCUGUUCAGUGGGAUAUCUGCAAUCUGCCAUUGAGAACCGGUUCUGUGGACAUUAUUGUAACAGACAUGCCAUUUGGAAAAAGGAUGGGCUCCAAAAAGAGAAACUGGAACCUUUAUCCAGCUUGCCUACGGGAGAUGAGCCGCGUCUGUAGACCAGGGACAGGCCGAGCUGUGCUACUUACUCAGGACAAGAAAUGCUUUACCAAGGCAUUAUCCGGAAUGGGACAUGUUUGGCGGAAGGUGCAUACCGUUUGGGUGAACAUAGGGGGUCUUCAUGCAGCAGUUUAUCUUCUGAAACGUACACCUCAAGCUUUUGUUCAUCCUGUAGAACAAAAUGGGGAAAGAACUCCUUGGUGAUGCAAAGAAUAGAGAUGGUUUAUGGUAUUUGUGCCUCUUGACACUGGGAAUGUCAGCAUGUAGUAUUUGGUUUGAGAGAAAAAUAGCGUUAAUAAAAUUGCAGAUUAAAUUGGUCGAAAGCUCUUCACCUUAAUUAGCAAAAGGAAUUGAAAGUCUUAAGCAGAGCUUUGGAGCUUUUUUGAAGGAGUAGCUAGGCAAUUACUACUGAAAAUGCUUUCAAGAUCCAAAGGCUACUAAAAUGCUCCGGGAUUUGAGUUUCGAGUAUUUCUUUUCAGGCUUCAUAGCAGUUCCUAUUUUCCAUUGUAGCAGGUAAAAAGCUACCCUGGCUUAAUGGAAAAGAAAAGAACAUAAUCAGAACAUUUUGGGCCACACUGCAUUGUCUAUGCAGCUUUGCUCUUUAGUUUUUUGAGUUGGCUUUACCUCACCUUUAAAAAAAUGAAGCAUUUACAUUUUGUGAAAUAGUGUUGGCCCCAUGACAAGAUGAAAUCUCACAAGACCAACUGGAAAGUUUACCAUCUGCCUUACAAAUUAAAAUAUGCAUGUUAUUGAAAUCAAUACAUGAAAAUAGAGGACUAGGACUGAUUAAAGGAAUGGCAGAUAUUUUACUGUUAGCAGUAUAGGACAUUGCUGUUGUAAACAGCAAAUACACUGAUGGGACCAACAAGCCAAACUUAAUUUUUCUAUCAGCACAGAAAGUCACACAUUAACCUGCCAAAAGUAUUUUUGUUUUUAAAAUGACUGCAGACACACUGAUGUAUCUUUGAAUUAAAAACUUUAUGAGAAUUCUAUUUUCUCUUGGAUCUGUAUUCAUAUUUAGCUGUUUUUCCAGUUGCAGAAAACUGAGACAGUAGAAAAUAAAAAGAACAUUAAGUCCUUGUGACAGUGGUGCUUGCCUGGGACAAAGAGUGGUUGGGUACAUGUGGGAUUCUUUAUAGUAUUCAGAGUUUAUUUGGGAGUUUCUGGCUGCAUUCAGCCUAGAUUUUCAGUGUCCUGUUAGUAAUAUAUUAGUACUACUCAUUCCCUUCUUAAAUAGCUCAUGUUCAGACACAGCACUUCUUUCUUUUGAAAGAGUUCACACUAGCAGCAUAGCCAACAGCCCUAGUAGUCUGGUUUCUCUCUGAUCUACUACCCCAUACUUCAGAAUGAAUUAGAAAUGAGACAUUUAUAAGGGGUGUGUAUCCUAGACUGGAGUUUUUACUAUCAGAAUGCACAGUUACACUAUUUUGGGUUCAACAUAAAACAAUCUUUCACAUCUAAUACACCAUUUUAACGUCUGUUGGUCAGUAAUCUGCAGAACUGGGAAAGUACAAGGGCCAUAUCUCUUGUCACCACUGUUUACCAUGUGCCUGACAUAGUACCUACCAGCGUGGGCAUAGUUGCUAAUAAACAAAUAUUUUUGCA